AUUCGACUCAUCAUUUCUCAUCCAAUUCCAUUUCUCAUUUCUCAGAUAGAGAGAGAGAGAUAGCGUGCUUUAAGCUUUAACGGAAAUUCUCUAGGGUUAGGGUUUCCAAAUCAAUGGGAGGAGGAGGAGCCAUUAGAGCGGCGGCCAAGGUCGCCGGAGUCGGAGUCGUCAGCCACGGCCUCCGCGGCAUGCCGUCCGUGCCGCCAUCAGAGCAGUCUGUGCGCAACGCCUCGCGCCCUGUUUCCGCUAUCUUGUCGGCGAAGUCCGCAUCCGGUGACGCGGCGGCGCCGAUUCAGAUGCCGGUGCCGGCGGCGUGGGACGACUGGGAGUUCGCCGACGGUGAGGAGGCUCUGGUGAUGGAGGCAGGGGAGCCAAUGCCGAGGCUCGUCUUCGGUGGCGUGCCGAGCUUUGAGGAGGCCAAGGAGGCCACCACUGAAUUGAAAGACGCACUGGAUAAGGUAUAUCUGUCAUCGCCAAAAUCCAAUGGAUCUGGUGAUAUUUUUUCUGCAAAUCAUGUUCCUGGUUUGUCUCUACUUUCAAGCCCUGAGUUAGAGACUAAAUCUUGUGUCAUCUCUGAGGAUACACCAACUGCUCUUGCGCCAAACCAUGUCCUUCAGGCAUUUAAGUUACUCAAUGGAAGCCCUGAAGCUCAGACUGUUGUUGCCUCAAUUGCUUGUGACCCAAAUGUCUGGAAUGCCAUGAUGGAUAAUCAUGUGCUUAAGGAUUUCUUCCAGUCACACCAGAGAAUUGUAGGUGAUGAGUUCAAUGAUGUGCAAUCGGCUAAGAAGUUUGAAGAAUCAUCUGUUGAAAAUGAAACUGGAAACUCAGAGGGUGGGUUUAUGAAUAUUAUGGAGAACAUUAAGCUUAAAGUUCAAGAGAUGGUGAGCAAUGUGUCCAACUACUUCCAAAAUAUCUUUGGACAUUCAGCAGCAGAGAGUACUUCUGAAGACAAUGGAAAUACCAGCAAAACCUUCAUGGAUAGGGGCCUAGGAGCAUCCUUCAUGGGGUUGGCAGUGCUGGUUAUUAUGGUGGUGGUGUUGAAGCGUGUCUAGAUCCCUUUUAGCUGAACCUCCCUGUAAAUUUGUCAAACUCACGAAGUCAAGAUGGUUUUUUUUUUCCUCCUUGCCUGCAUGUCAUAAAUACACGAAUAAGAAUGAAAUAUGAUGCCGAAAUUAUUAGUUGGUCACUUCAAAUUCAAUAUAUGGGUGGAUGGUAGGUUGAUAGUAGUCAAAUUGCUUAUUUUGCAGAAUCUAUUUACAGUUUAUGAAGGGAGCUUUUGAACUUU